UUUCAUGUUCUCAUCCUUAUUACUUUUCAAGUCCUUACGAACUAGAAACAUCUAAUUUUCUCUCUCAUCACCUGUCUCCUUCCUCUUCUUCCUCUUUCAGUUUCUUCCAUCACUAAUAUGAAUGCUUUCUUUUAAUAUUCUUAUCUAUGUGUAUAAAUAUCACCAUUUUUCAAAUCUCCCUCAUCUGUGCCAGCUUCUUCCAUGAUUAAAGCCACUAUUAAUCUGCUCACAUCUUUCCCCAACAUAUAUUCAUGCUGUUUGGCCCUAUACUUUUCAUUUUGACAAGCGAUAGUAUAUUCUACAUUAAAUUCAUCCAGGAGAAGAACUUAGGUGCAUAAUAAGAAUACAUUGAUCUAGCCAACUUAGCUAAACUCAGCUCAUCAGGUUCUGCAUAUAAAUCAAGAUGAAUAAGGAGCACACAUAUUGGGUAGGGUCAUCCUAUAGUCAUGACCAAAAGACAUAAAGGUCGAUUGAAGUGUAGCGGGGAGAUCCAGAGAGACUCCCAUUUCCCACCUUUGUCUAUGGACACUGCCUUCCACCUAGAUGAAGGUUCUCGCGCCAAUUUCCUUCGACUUGUCAUGCAAUCUUUUGGCUGCUUUUACAUUUGCCUGUGGUCUUAUAUGCCACCUCCUUCUAACUGCUUAUUCUUUCUCGAUGGUGUCUAUGAUGAAGAAAAUCAACCAAGCUCUUCUUCCGGCAUUUUGGCUCGGCGGCUUUUCGAUGAGUAUCGGCUAUCAGUUUUCAAAGUCCUCGAAAACGAAUGUGUUCCAGGAUUCGCUUUCAGGAAUAGUUUUUCAUUUGUGGAGUUGCAAGAAAUGGACCUACAAAGACUGGCAUCAGAUGAUAAACAGAGGCAAUUUUAUCGGGAAGCAAGGAUUAAGACUGCAGUUUUCAUGGGGUGCAAGAGUGGAGAAAUUGAGCUGGGCUUGUCCAAUGUGUCUCAAAUAAAUAUAAAAAGAGAAAUGAUGAGAACCUGGUUGCCAGAAGUUUUUCAAGGACAAUUAUCUCCACAUACAGAAGUUGCCAGCAGGUCAAUCAACGGUCAGCAACAAUAUCCAGCUUCAUCAUCUUCAUCUUCUUUGAGAUCACUUUCCACAAUGGAUAGUCCUGAAUAUUCCUCCCUCCUCUUCAACAUUCCCACCACCACCACUACUAUUUCUCAUAACAUCCCAGAACUCUUUACACAAUUAUCUUCCAAUCCCUUGCAACCAAUCAAUACUAGUUCAUUGGAACCUUUACCAACCAUAAAUCUCGUUACUACUACUUCUUCUACUGGUGCUACUAGUCCUCAUCAACAAGCCAUUCAAGCAAUUUCUCAAAUGCGAAACGUCCAAUUCCCAACUCCGGAGAUCGAAGAUGCCACGAUGACAAGAGCCAUCCUUACAGUUCUAUCUUCUUCUUCAUAUGAACCCCCACAAACUAAUCCACCUUCUUCUUCUUCUACUACUGAUCGUCACUUGCAAACUCCAAAGGCCAGUGCUUUCAAGAGUUACAACACCUCAGCUUUAGCCCCAAGAACGCAAAUGGGUGCUAAUUUACGCCUGCAAAACAUGCACAAGCGAUCCAUUUCCUUCUUGAGAAGCUUGAAUCUAAUGAGGCUUCGCGAAGGUAUCCAAGCCACCCGCCCCACAAGCAGCCAGUUGCAUCAUAUGAUAUCAGAGCGCAAAAGGCGUGAGAAGCUCAAUGAAAGCUUUCAUAAAUUGAAAUCACUACUUCCUCCGGGAACCAAGAAAGACAAAGCCUCAGUUCUUACAACUGCAAGGGAGUACUUGACUAGUUUAAAAGCUCAAGUUGCUGAGCUUAGCAAAAGAAACCAGCAGUUAGAGGCAAGGCUCUUGCCACUUACCAGCUUAGGAGCUAAUGAAGCAGCAGCAGCUGCAGGCUCCUCAAAUGAAAGAGUUAGUCUUACGGUUACGCGUGUAUCAACCGAAUCAUCCCCGGAUCAAGAUGAGCAAAUUAUUGACUUGCAAGUGAUUCUAAGAUCACAAGAGAGUUGCACCGAAGAUAUGGUGAUCCGCAUUUUGGAAUUCUUGAAGCGGGUUGAGAAUGUAAGCUUGAUGUCCAUGGAAGCCAAUACUUGGAUAUCAGAAUCAAAUUCUAACAUCAACCGCGUAAUCUUGAGAUUAAGAGUUGAUCAGGGAACCGAAUGGAACGAGACUGCCUUCCAGGAAGCAGUGAGAAGGGUGGUUGCUGACUUAGUACGUAGGAUCGACUAGUCUUCUUUUUUCUUUUUUUUUUUUCUUUUUUUUUUUUAUUAUGGUCCAAAUAGUAGGACUAGUCAAGAUUUUGAUAUAUGGAUUGCAUUCUACUUUUGCCCAUCGAUGCUUCCCAAUUCGAGCCCUAUCACAUCUGGGAUAGCCACCAUUUAAUCAAACAUAUCAAUUUCAUUCA